CUGGCUUGAACUUUGCUCACUACAUUCUUCCGUCAUCAGGGUCAGGCAGGCCGAUGGGAUGUAUACUUAAAAACACACGCAGGCUGAGAAAUCCCCCCUGUUCAAUAGUUAGUCAGGCUGAGAGGACCGGCAGGCGGGCGCAGCGGGGCAGUUAAUAGAGAAGGAAGCAGAACAUCCAGAAUGGCUGGAAGGAGACGAGGCAGAGGCAGCAACGUUCAGCAACAACAGGCCUCACAGAGCCAAAGAGGAGGCCCUCGCAGGGCGCUGAGGGAGCCAGCUGCCUUUGCCAAGUCUACAGGUUAUGAAUCAGAGAUCCCCCAUGAAAAGCUGACCAUUGCCCAGGCACGGAGGGGCACACCAGCUCAUCGUCCGGUGCGAGUCUACGCUGAUGGGAUCUUUGAUCUUUUCCAUUCGGGGCACGCUCGAGCUUUGAUGCAGGCCAAAAAUGUGUUCCCCAACACAUACCUGAUAGUAGGAGUCUGCAGUGACGAACUCACCCACAAGCUUAAGGGCUACACGGUGAUGACAGAGGAUGAACGCUACGACGCACUGACGCACUGCCGUUACGUCGACGAGGUGGUGCGGGACGCUCCCUGGACCCUUACCACAGAGUUCCUUAAGAAACAUAAGAUUGACUUUGUGGCCCAUGAUGAUAUCCCUUACACCUCUGCUGGAUCAGAGGAUGUUUAUAAACACAUCAAGGAAGCAGGUAUGUUUGUGGCCACUCAGAGGACGGAGGGCAUCUCCACAUCUGAUCUGAUCACUCGUAUCGUCCGAGACUAUGACAUCUAUGUUCGACGCAACCUGCAGAGAGGCUACACAGCCCGAGAACUGAAUGUCGGAUUCAUUAAUGAUAAGAAAUACCGGCUCCAGAACCAGGUGGACAAGAUGAAAGAGACGGUCCGUACGGUGGAGGAGAAGUCCAAACACUUUGUCUACAGAGUGGAAGAGAAGAGCCAAGACCUCAUCCACAAGUGGGAGGAAAAGUCACGGGAAUUUAUUAGCAACUUCCUGGAGCUUUUUGGACCUGAUGGAGCCUGGCAUGCCAUCCAGGAGCGCAGUGGCCGUAUUCUCCAGGCCCUGUCACCUUACUCUUCACCCCGGGGCUCUCCCAGCAGCAGUCCCACCAGAAGACGCUCGGUUUCUCCUGACUCCUCCCCUGCCUCCGCCUCCCCAUCCCCGUCCCCCUCCUCUCUCUCCCCUCCAUCCUCCCCCUCCUCACCCAAAAAAGGGACACGCUCCUCUCUCAAAUCCUCUUCCACAUACAGCAGUCAAUGAGCUCAUCAUGUUUUCUUUAUUGGUCUUCUUACAGGGUAUCAGUCAUUAAUCUGAUACAUAAUAAGUACAAGGAGGCUAUUAAUUAAAACUAAUAAAUAAAAAGGGAGUAGGCUACUUUAUUAGUAGUUUAUUCAAGUGCAAGUGCAAUAUCUCAUAAUGUGCAUAAG